AUGAAGAGGGGCGCAAGCGACCUCUCAACGAGUGCUUCUCGAGGCUCCACUCUCCCCCGAAUAAGCACUUCUAGGACCCUUCCCGGCUACUUGGAUCACUCCGAGUGCUUUGGGUACUACGGACCUACUCGUAGUUCCUACGAAUUGAGAUACAAAGCUAGAUUAUGUACUAAGGUUAAGGUAGAAGAUCUCAAUUCCCUUUCCUUCCCCGGGGUUGCCAGUGGUUAUAGAGCCCUUCUUCUUCACGUGAACAAGCCCUUCUUGCAAAGACCUGAUUUGCGGCAUCCACAUGAUUUGCUGCCGGAUUCUGUCCAUCUGCAGUUCCUUCUCUGUGCUGCUCGUGGGAUAUCGACAAGGACCCAUGGAGCGCUAACUAGUAAAGGGACCGGAACAGCCUAUUAUUGUAUUGCAAAGAGGGCAUUCUGUAAGACCGUGGUUAAUCAGUUCCUGGGCUUACCCAUGUGCAAACUGUUAGGAAUCGAUCUAGAUGCUUUGACUAGUGGGAUAACUUUAAUAGUUAAUCCCGAAGAGCUUGCAUUCCAUGCUUCUGAUUCAAGUCCUGAAAACCUUCGUGCUAACAUCUUCCGAAAGUGCCACAGUGGAUUCUAG